AUGGGUUCAAAUUGCAGGUUGCUAAAUCCCACCUUCGCCAUUUUCGACGGCGAAGUCAGAAGCGACGGAAGUAUGGAUCGCUUGCGAACUGCGCCUUUCGCACUUUCAGCCGAGUCCCUUGGUGGAGCUGUGAUCGUGAACUCGUCCGCCCUGCACGUACACGAUAACAACACUUCGGAACUGCCUCGGUCACUCGAUGACUACUUCCCAUCGCUCGAGGAUGAUGUGGGUAACAACAACAGUCUACUGUUGAACAACGAGAGUUACACUGAGAUAGCCUCGUUUUAUGAUCUCUUGAUAAACCAUAGCGAUAUUAAGAUGAGAGACGAUAUUCUUCGCUACACAACGCCGGUCAUUAUAGUGAUUGGAAACUUGAGUAACCUAAUGGCGCUGUUUGUGUUACGCCGGAAGAAAUUACGCAAAAACUCUGUGUGUUUUUACAUGUGUGCCUACGCUAUGGCGAAUCUGUUUAUAUUAAACCUGAUGCUUGGAGUUGCCUGGUUUUGUUUUACCUUCAACAAAAUUUACGUUACGAAUUUGACAGACUGGAGUUGUCGAUUGUGGAGUUUUAUCACGAAUGUGGUAACCUACAGUGGGAUUUGGUUUGUGGUGGCUAUGAACAUAGAUCGUCUGCUGUAUACAACGUCUCGAACGAGUUCGAAGCUCCGCUGCUCGGUUUUCUCCGCCAAAGCUGCAGUGUUGGCCAUAAUGACGGGGUUAAUUGUUGUCAGUAUACACGCAAUGUGGACGUUUGAACUCCAACCCCAUGGCUGUUACGUCCCGUUCUACCAAGAAGAUAUUCAUAUUUUAAUAUGGCCAUGGUGGUCGGCAACAGUCUACACGUACCUGCCUUUAUUUCUCAUUAUUGCCAUCACAGUGGUUCAUCUCAUUGUUUUAUGUAUAUACCACGUCCGCAGGGUCGACACCGUCCAGUCUGCAGAUAACACAGACAGUUUUGUUAUAACGGUUAUUGUCGUAUCGGCGUCCUUCUUCAUUCUGGCCAUCCCUGCUACAGUGACCAAUAUACUAGAUAUUCACAUGCCUUCUUCCUGGCUCAGCGUGGACCUCGUCGCUCGCAUGGAGCUCACAAAGAAGAUUACAGAGAUACUUUCUAGCCUCAACCACGUCCUGUUUGGGAUGCAGCUAAUGGUAUGUUCUAGGGAGUUCAGACAAGAACUUGUAGCAUUGCUGAGGAUGAUCUUCUGUUGCAUUGCUUCAAAGAGAAAAUUUAAAGUCUUCGAGAUGAGGCAGGUGUCAAACUGCGAGGAGAACUCUAUCCAUCGGCAGGGAGAUUAUCAGUUGUGUAAUAAUAACGAUGAUACAACCACGACAAUAUAA